CAGUAGAAAUGUGCACAUUGUUUCAGAUGGUCUGCAGUUGUCGCCUAUGCGCCAUAUAGGCAGCAUUUUACACACACACAUACACACUUCCUUUCCUCAGUCUCUCACACAAAGACACACAUAUCCUUUGAAGCAUUUAACUCAUUAAAACACGUUAUAGAGCUUCAGUUGCGCGCGUAAGAGCCACAUGAACGUGGUGUGUUUUCUGUGUUUUAUUCUGUGAUGUCACUGACAUCGUGCCUUUGUUUUAAUAUGUGAUUGUUUCAGUUUUGGCUGCACAGCCUCUGUAAAGUCUGCCAACCAAUUUCAAGUCCGUGUUGUAGGUGUCGCUGUUGACCACGUCUGCAUCCGCAGUACGAGUGUGUGCGCAGGGGAGAGGAGGCUGCGUCUCAAGGCCAUUUUCAAAUCUCAUUGGUGGGCUUGUCAUGUGGUCGGGAGGCAUCCUGACUUACACGGAGAUUGUUUUUCCUAGAUAUGUCAGCUUACAAAGGACAUCUCUCUCCUCCUAAAGAACUUAACCCCCCAAAAUGUCCUUUCCCAGUAGCUCUCCUGCGGCAAACACGUUUCUAGUGGACUCUUUAAUUGGUGCUUGCAGGUCGGACAGCUUUUACUCCAGCAGCAACAUGUACAUGCCGUCUGGCUCAGAAAUGGGAACUUACGGAAUGCAAACCUGUGGACUCCUGCCGUCUUUCGGCAAAAGAGGGGAGGUCAACCACCAAAAUAUGGGCAUGAAUGUCCACUCGUACAUACCUCAAAUAGAUAACUGGACUGAUCCGAAUAGACCCUGCAGAAUAGAGCCGCCCAGUCAGAUGUCAAACUGUACAUUUUCACAGAGCAUAAAGGAAGAGAGUAACUGCUGCAUGUACUCCGAUAAGAGAGUACAAAAAGUCAGCUCGUCAGAGGUCCCCGCAUAUUCUAACGUUAUCCCCGAGUCUUGUCCUGUCGAUGGUCCCGAGAUCCCGGUCCCGGGCUAUUUCAGACUGAGCCAAACUUAUGCGAAUGGGAAACACCAUGAAAACUACUGCCAUGAGCCGCCGAGUCCAAACCCAACAUUGAUGCAGCUCAGCCGGGUCACCCCGAAACCACCGCAGCCCGCCACGGCGCCUUCAAAUUUUGAUGUGGAAAAGAAAAGUGAGGACGUCCCGCAGAACCCCGAGACCUCAAGGACACCGGUCCCACGCGUAGAAAGCCCGGACCCCAAGUCCAGCUCCGGGGAGAAAAACUGCUCCAUGGAAGCCUCUGUGUCCAGUCCUGAACUGCUACAGAAGGAAGGGAAAGACUGCAAAGGCGACACGACGACGAGCAACUGGUUAACUGCAAAAAGUGGGAGAAAGAAAAGAUGUCCCUACACAAAGCACCAGACCUUGGAGUUGGAAAAGGAGUUUCUCUUCAAUAUGUAUCUGACCCGAGAGCGCCGCCUAGAGAUCAGCAGGAGCGUCAACCUGACCGACAGGCAGGUCAAGAUCUGGUUUCAGAACCGCAGGAUGAAACUGAAGAAAAUGAACAGAGAAAACCGCAUCCGUGAACUGACCUCAAAUCUCACCUUUUCGUGAGCGCGCAUGUAUCUGUGGUUAGCUGUCUUUUUUUUCUUGUCCUCUCAUAUUCAGUUUGAUGCUUCAGUGGCAUUGGACGUUUAUCUUCAAUUUCAACGAAACUGUGACUAUAUAUAAGCCAAUUUUAGUACUUUGUGUGGCGUCGUGUAUUUGUUUUUAUUUUAUCACAGGGUAACACUUUUUUGGUCUUAAAUUAUUGGAGAAGUACAUUUCUUCCCACUAGCCAGUAGACAUGGAUAUUCUAUUGUGUCGCGAUGGCGAGCUGUUUUGGAAAAAAGAGUUACUCUUUAUUUUUCAGUCAUGAAAGCACAUUUAUUGUCGUGUAGUGCAACAUUUGUUUUACAGUAAGUGCAAGCCAUUUGCUCCACAGUGAAAUGUUUCUAUGGCGGAAAAACAAUGUUAAUCUGUGACUUUAUUGCAUGUUUGUGGCAUGUUAUCUUGCAAUAAAUUGUCAAAUAAC